CGAGGGAGCAUUCUUCAAUUGCGCCUCCCGUUGUCAAGAUCUAUCUGAAACCUGCAGAUCAAGCAAAGUAUAGCAGACUUCUAUGUUUCACGUUCAUACGUGAAGGCGGUUGUCUCUAUAAGCAACAAUGUCACUAGGAUUCACCGUUAUCUACAACCUGGCCAUCCUACAGGCACUCAUCCUACCUGGGGUGACCGAGGAGGUGACAGUGGUGAGGUUGCAGAGGAUGGACGUGGCAUCCAAUGAUAGUUUUCUGGAUAGUGGGAAGAAUGCCCUCCCAGACCUGUCUCAGUGGACUGUGUGUGUGCGGCUUCGACUGUUCCAUUUAUCCCGACUCAAUACCAUCUUCAGCUACACCACUGGCGAGCACUACCAGGAGAUUAUGCUGGGUAUUGACUGGCCUCAGUCCAACCUGCGGCUGGAGUGUUGUAAGUACACGGGGUUUAUGGAGAUGGCGGUACCUCUCCGCCUGUACACUUGGCACCAGAUAUGUCUGUCUGCGGACAUGACCAAGGACGUCCAGUACAUGAUCUUCGAUGACCUGGUUCAUAUGGCGCUAAUUCGUCGUCCUGGCGUCACAAGUGAACAGCUUCACAAAGUGAGGGGCGGCGGCCGCUUUCUGGUGGGACAGAACUAUAACCCGGCAGCUGAUCUUAUGUUCAUCGAGGCUAUUCACGGUGAUCUGGCUGACUUUAGGUUUUAUGAUGUUGCCUUAUCGCUUGAAGACCUGAGAGACUUUGCAUCUUGCAACGCAAUGAAUGAUUUACUUUAUCCUAUUUAUGAGUUUGAAUUAAACAUGACUCACUUAAAACCAAGUGGAGAUAUCGAGUUGUAUCAAAUGGGUUUAGAGGAUAUCUGCACUCAAGAACCUGAUUUGGUGAUGAUAAUACCCGAAAGAAUUGACUUUGAGACGUCACUAGCAAUGUGCAACUUUUUUACUGGAGACAUCAUUAUUCCCACAAAUCCUGAGGAAAACGUUGCUAUAUACGACAAGUAUGAAGAAUUUAACAACUACUGUGCAGAUAGUUGGGGCACCUCAUUUUGGCUUGGCGUAGUGGCAAAUCAUACAAAUGGUGGGUGGACAAGAGUGCCAGAAAGAAAGCCCCUAAUCUGGGCCGAUUUCCUCCCUGGCUGGAUGGUGCCCACUGAAGAACAUAGCUGCUUGGCCUUUGUGGCCAUCAACGUCAAAUACAAGUGGGCUGCAUCACCCUGCAACAUCCUCCAAUGCCCAAUAUGCAACUUCACAUCAACUCCUAAACUUCAUUUGCGUGGACUUUGCGACCUCUCAAAAUUUGAUCGCUUCUACUCUCCAUAUGAUUACUACAACUUGAAACCAGUAUUAGAAGGCUUCUUCUUGAGCAGAAUGACUUGGAAUAACCAUACUUGGUUGAUCAAGAGCCGCCUCGACAGGGCGGUGGAGGCCCGCAUGAAAUCCAACAAGCCAAAUGACUACCCAUUCGGCUUACAUACAUGGGACGUGAAGGGCGACGCGUGUGGUCAGGAUCAGGUACAGUUGCUGCUAACAUCAUGUGGCAUUACUGACUUCACAUGCAGUGACGGGUCAUGCAUCAAGAAGAUCAAACGCUGUGACCAAGAGGUUGACUGUCCAGAUAACACGGACGAACUUAACUGUGAUGUCAUCAAUAUACCUGAGGGAUAUUCAGCACAACUUGCCCCACCGGCGAUAGACUCCUCUCAGUUAUCUCUACACAUAAGUCUCGACAUCACCUCAAUCAGAGAAUUUGACAUCUUAGGUUUCGUGGUGGCAGUUGACAUCACUCAAAGCAUCAAGUGGAGAGACGCGAGGCUUGUCCUGAGGAACCUCCGUCAAGGAAACUUUCCCAACGAAGCAAAAAGCUUUGAUAAACUGUGGCUGCCGGACAUUCUGGUGAAAGAUGGGACCUACAGCCCUACCGACCUGCAGAUGAGACGAGUGAGGCUGUUAGUGCGCCGAGACGCGGAUCCUCUACCAGAUGAUGAUUAUAACAUUUCAGAAGAUGAGCUGUACCGCGGGGUGAACAGCACUUUGAAACUUCUGCAACAGUAUACAGUAAGAGCUAUGUGCCAGUUCCUGCUUCAUGCCUACCCUUUUGACUCCCAGAGAUGUUCUCUGGUCUACUCCAUUCCUGACCAAGCAAUAGGCAAGAUAUUGCUUCUUCAGGAGGAGGUGAAGUUCACAGGAGAGCGCCGGCUGCUGGAGUACGAGCUGGUCAACGAGACUCUCACCGCCCAUGGUAACAUGUCUGCCGCCGUCCAGCUGCGGUUGGUGUUCCAGAACCAAUAUGGUUAUUACAUCGGCAACGCUGUGGUGCCCAGCUUGCUCAUGGCCACCAUCUGUUACCUCACCUUCUUCUUCGACCUCGACGACUUUACGGAUCGCAUAAUGGUCUCACUGACGUCCCUACUGGUGCUGGCGGCGCUCUUCACACAGACCAGUCAGUCCAUCCCUAAGACCGCCUACCUCAAGCUUAUCGACAUUUGGUACGUCACCCUCAUCAUCACCGACUUCCUCAUCAUCGUAAUGCUUGUGCUCAUCGAGAACAAGAGGAUGCAGGAAAAACUCUCUCGACAUUCGUCUAGAUCUCUCUUCAGGAGUACACAUAAGAUCACUCCUGUCGAGUCUGCUGGACAGCUCACGUCCGGAAAUGAGUUCGAGGACAAAAUGAAUGGAUCAAGUACAGCCAGGAAAAUGAACACAAUAUCUAAGUGUUUGUUUCCGAUGUUGGCAACAAUAGGAUGUUUCUGCUGGAUACUGAUACACCUCCAGACGUCCCCGACCUCUCAUGGCAUUUAGUGCAAUAUCGACCACACACUUGAAUUAAUUUGAAGUAGACAGAUAAUCAAUCACUAAAGUUUGAUCAAAGAGAAUGUUAUGGUACGAUGAAAGCGAUAAUAAAUAAUUCAUGAACUGCCAUGCCAAAUUCUUAAUAUUUUUGGUAACGGUGCUUAAGACUUAAACUUAACUUGUGAUUAGAAUAAUGGUGUCUGUCUUUC